GUGACCGGAAGUGCAGGUGCGUUGUGUUUUGUUCAGUUUGUUUUCCUUUCGAGUCUCGGAGUGUUUGUUGGUGUGCUUCUAUUGUUCCAGAGUGUGGUGGCGCCGAGCGACAGUACACGCGUCAACAGCCGAGCUCUCGGAGUGGGGUUGCCAAAAGUGCGGUCGUUUCUAUCCGGCUCCCCGGUGCGUGCUGGUGUGCUGCAGUGUCCUUGGUGUGCGUGAAGUGCGCUGUCGAAAAUCCAUUCAACGGUUAAGUUUGUUGCCGAAGUCGGGGCGAGUGUACAGUGUUUUCGCCUGCUUUCCUGUUUGAUCCUUCCCGGCAACGGAAGCCCCAGGAAGAAAAAUAGCCAGUAAGAGUGCGUUUUAAUAAGUGCAUAGAAGAGCAAGAAAAAAAGAGGAAAAGUGCAACUAAAGAAAUAGUUCGUUCGUAAGUGUGUCGAGUGUGAUUAGCUUAGCAAAAAUGUCGUCGAAAACCUACGGAUUACGGAGCGGCAGGAUCGCCAUGCUGCUGUGCUGCACCGCGCUCCUCGUGACCGCGGCCGAGGGUGGCUCGGCGGUGCGCAAUCAUCGGGCGGCACGGGACGCUGCGAAUGGUGGUGCAGGACGGCCCGACCGCGGCCCGAAGAUAUCCUGCGAGCGAGUCAACCACUUCUUCGCCUCCAUCAAUGUAACGGUCGGCGGAACAGGCCAAGGAUUUCCACAAACAAAAGGACCGGUGUGCGAAGGAGUGUGUUGUGAUGCCGAAACGGAGACACAGCUGCAGGCGAAGGCGACGAAAAACUUCGAAAGACUAGUCAAACACCACAUCCGCAGCCGACGGGGGCACUGGGAGCAGACCGCGGCUCUCUAUAAAGACUUCCUGUUGCAGCUUUCGCGGCAGUCCGAGAACAAAACGCUCACCCUGUUCUCGACCGUCUACAGCAAGAUGUCGCCACUGUCGCGCGAACCGAUCCGCGAGCUGUACGAAACCAUCCGCCUCAAUCUGGUCGCGGAUCGGCCAUUCGGGGGCGACGAUCUCGAGCUGGUCACGGACAAGUUCUUCCGGAAUCUGUUCCCGGUGGCGUACCACCACGCGAUCCACUCAACGGGGGAUGCGCAGAGCCGCAACGACGGGGACGGGAGCAGCAAUCGGGACUUCCACAGCGACUACAAGAACUGUCUCGUGCACAUGUACAACGACCUGCAGCCGUUCGGAAGCGUGCCCCGGGAGCUGGCCAGUUCGCUGAUGUCCUCGGUGAGCGCCGCCUCGGUGUUGCUGCGCGUGUUGCGCGACGGAGCCGACGUGCUGACGAAGCUGGAGGAGAUCGGCGUGACGUCACCGUCCUGCAAGAAGGCACUGCUGCGCAUGAACUACUGCGGCAGCUGCCACCUGUUUGAUCAUCUUCACGCCAAACCGUGCGCCGGCCUCUGCCACAACGUGAUGCGCGGCUGCCUGGCCGAGUACGUCGGGCUGCUGAACAAGGACUGGUCCACGUUCACGGAGUCGAUCGUGCCGCUCAUCCGCACGGUCCAGUCGCCGCAGGGAGUCGAGUCGGAGAUCAAGCAGCUCGACGCCAAGCUCUCGACCGCCAUCAUGAAAGCGAUGGAGAGCGGGCCGCAGCUGGAGCAACAGGUGGAACAAGCUUGCGGCGUUCCGUCGCUAAUGCAAACGGAUUACCUGGUCGACGGAAGCUUCGAGGACGUGCCGAAAACGCUGCCCAGCAGCAGCCAGUUUAUCCUGGCGCCGAGCAACGAGAUGCUGCACUUCGAGAUGACCAUCGUCAAGAACAAGGAUCUGUUGCUGCAGCUGUCCUCGACGCUCUGCAAUGACGAGGACUACCAUCCGACGGACCAGGACUGCUGGACUGGCAGCAGUCUGAGCGAUUACACGCAGCAGGUCGUGCAAUCGACAAUCGGCGAUAAGUACAACCCGGAGGUGGCCUACGCCGGUGACAUCGAAUCGCCCCAUAUGCGCACGCUGGUCGAUCGGCUGAUCAACCUCAACUCGGCGGCCACCAAAGCGUCGUCCCCAAACACGUACCGGGGUGAUGUCGAUAAAAUGCAGUCGGACAUGGCGGAGGGCUCGGGCGAUUCGUAUCCUUCGGACGACGAGGAGGAUGGCUUCGCUGCGUCCGGUUCCGGCGACGGCCGAUCAAUAACUCAGGACUCGAGCGUCAUCCCCGUCAUAAGUGAAAUCAACUCAUCGAAACGAAUCUCUUCACACUCCUGCUGGAGUUUGAUGGCCGCCGUCUCGGCGAUGCUGCUGUCGGUGCCGAUGCUGCAGCUUCACGGUCUAUUCUACAGGCACUGAGGCCUGCCCGGUCAGCGCACAAGGAGCCAGGAGUCUGCUGUGUACCGAUGGUUUUCCGUACCGUAACAGAAAAAAAAGCUAAAACAGAAUGCAAGCAGUUUGUUCAACGAUGGCGGCGGUGGCGGGACACCCUUGGUUUGUAGUUUCCAUCGUACGUGAAUGUUCGUCACCACAAAACACACAUACAGCAAACACUCUCACUUACACGAGCACGCCAACAAAGUUAGUGGGGCCGAUGGUACGGUCGUGGAAUUGGUCUCGAACCGUAAUUUCCCGAGUUUCCCGAAAUUUUGCAAUCUUUCGGGGUGUUUCGUCUGUGCUUAAGCCGACGACAGAAAUUGAGCAAUUAUUUUGAAAUGUCCUCAAAAAGAAAACCACAGACCGCGGGAAACCGAACGGACACAGCGAGAGUCUCGCGAGCUCUGGCAAAUUUCCUAUCAUUAUUUGUUAGUGCUCUCAAGGGGAAAGAUCAUACGGAAAGAUCUCUCGUGCGUAAGAUUUCAUGCGCCACGCAGGGCGAGUGAAGGCGUGUUUUAAGGGAACUGUUUUGCGUGAUUCUUCCACUGUCAUUGAUUUGAUCAUUCGUGUAUCCCGGAUCAAUUCGGCACACUGCUGCGUUCGCCCCGCGUAAUGCGCGUUCUCAAUCAAUAUUACUCUCUCUCUCUCUCUCUGUUGUCGUUAUCGUUCCCUGUCGUUUUGCUCCUGCCAUUUUGUUUCAGAUCUUCCACCGGCAAGAUCUGACACACGGGCAAGAAAGUAAUAAUCGUAGCUAGAACAUGAUAAAACGAAUGAAGUAACGAGAAGAAAAAACAACACUCACCUUAUAUCUUAUACAAAAAUAGGUAUAAAAUUCUUAUUUCUACUAAUUCUAUUAAAUAAUUAGCAACCGAAUGCACAGAGCAGAGCAGAGAGUGGCAGAAAGGCGAGACGUGGUGAAAAGAAUGUGUACAUACUUAACUUAUAGGGAAUGAAGGGCAGUCGUACCGCGCGUGAUGGGUGGUGUUCAUCCAUUUUCGGAAAGGAUGCGUGAAAAGCGACCAAAAAUGGCAGUGAAGAGAACUGGAACUAUCUCUGUGUAAGAAAAGCUACCAAUCCAAUCGAAUACUGUUCGCGCAUUCAUUUUCGGUUCCGUUCGCGACGAUGUGGAACACGAACCUAGAGUCUUAGCACUAACCCUUCACAAAGGCAUCUCCUUCCCAUUCACCACUCAACUAGGUAACAAAUUUAGUCCGCAGCAGUCAGCAGUCAGGUAGUGCAGCGCGUUGCGCCGAGCGAGCAAACAAUCUGCAGCAAACUAUUAAAUCUUUCGCCUUUGAAUAGCUACCCAUCAUCAUGCAUGGUUCAUUUGAAUUGUUAGCUUCCUUACCUGCUGUUCCUUUAAGGAAUAGGAUACUUUCGCCUGAGAACAUGAUACGUAAACGCACACACGCACCUACGCUUGUUGGUGUCAAGCAAUCGGUGUCAUUGAUUAGAGUUUCGCUUUGCUAGCAAAGGAGCCUAGCGGGUGUCAUGAAAUAAAACCGAAGGCCCAACCGGUAAUACUAUGGCACCAACAUCCUGUCUCGCUACACUCCGGGGGAAACAUCGAAUUGGGGGGGUCAAAUCGAACUAGUGUAUGCUCCAUCAACUAAUGCUUUCGCUUUUUCGCCAAUAUAAAGGGGAGGAUAAAAAUGUAACAAUGAUCGAUGCACAGCAUCGGCUGCAAUCAAUACACAGUGUGUGUGUGUGUGAGUGUGGGAUGUGUAAUAGUGUAUGAGUGUGUGGGUGGGUUUGUUCGAUUGUUUCCGCGUUGUUGGACUGGUGUGUGACCAAAAGUUAAGCCGUAGUAUUGAAGAGCGGAAGAGCGAACGGAAGAGGAGAUGCGAUCCUUGAGUGAACGAAUUCAACCCCGAACAUUCUGGGGCUCACGGGCACGAUGAUAACGCUGGAUACCGCAAAGUAUCGCAAACACUACGCGUGUUUGCACUAUCUGUGAUGGAGCCGAGGGAAAAAAACAUAAAGCAAAACUCUGGAAAACACUGCACACAGGCACACCGGGAUCGCGACCCACAACGGGUGAUGGGUGAAUGGGCGCUACUGUGUUGGGGAAGUUGCGUAUGGGACACGCGACAAGAGCACUAGCGAACAGUGUGAGUGUGUAGGUUUAUAGCUUCCGAAGCGAAGACAAGCGAAGCAAAAUUAAGAGCAAAUAAUUUAUUGUUACUAGAUUGUUGUUUAAAAGCCCAGACCGCGUAGAGAGAGAGAGAGAACCCCUUCGAACACAAGUCCCGGAACGCGGAAACUUCCGCCGUUGGAAAGCGUUUACUCAGCUUCCUGCCAACAAGGAACGAAUAACACUCAGCCACACACGCUCUGAACGGCAUCAUGCCCCGUCCGUUGUGCAGUAUUUCAAACGGUGAAGCCAACCUCAAUUCCGCAGACCGAAUGCAAAACUGAGCACACAAAGCGAAGGUCUAAUGUUACACGCGUGCCAUGAACUCCUUCCGAACGGUUAGCGAUAGAAGCACGGAGCAAGGGUACUACAACACAGUUUGUAAGUGGACGACAAGUGGAAAACAAAAAAAACGAACUCAGAACCGGCGGAAAAAACAAUGAAAUCGUCGCCGAGUGAAGAAACAAACGAAUUAAACCAAUGGAUAAAAAAUGCGGAUGGAAAAUUGCUUAUUCCAGUUCCAGUGAUAUAUAUUAGAUGUAGGUUGCAAUUAUUAUUUUCUACGUUACUCCUUAACAACUCACCCGCCCCGAAAUCGCUCUUCUAUGUUCCUCCCUGUUUGGUCAAUCUUUCGGUUACAAGUCUGCGAAAUUCGAGUCAUUACCUGUAUACAAUGAAGAAGAACGAAAACGAAGCAUAAAAUGGCUCACACGAAUGGAUGGGAGGGGCCACUGGGUGUACAUGCGUCAACAUUAUUACAGAUUUUUUUGCGUUGCUAUUUCCAUUAUGCGCUGACGGUGACACGAAGCACUACUUAUGGUUGAACAUUGUGCAAACGAAGAAUGGGCCGCACCGGAACGGUUUAACCGCAUUCGAAAACGAUGACGCCGAAAUCAGAACAAAAAUCGCGAAAUCGCGAAUCGUGCGUAUCGCGUAGCCAGUUAUCGCCGAAAUGAGCAUGAAAUGAGCGCAUGAAAUAAAACUACCGAAUUAUAAACGUAAGAAAGGUGAAAGCAACACUGAAAUCGGGGGACAGUAGUCGUGUAAAUGGAAAGUGGACAGAAGAAACCGAAAAGAAGCGUGAGCGUGUAGUGCGGAGCGCAACUGUCUUUGUAUUUAUCUAAUAAAUACAGUUCAAACAGGAAAAUAAAUUAAUUUAACGAAACCAUGGUUAAAACAAGGUAGACUUUAGGAUGGUAAUAUAAAAAGCAAAGUAUAUUCAUAUAAAUUGAUGCAAGUUGCGGGAAAUGCUGAAACUGAAGAACGGUAGCAGUACCAACAGGCACGGACAAGAGGCGCUCGUAGAGAGUGGACUUGGACCAUUGGUGGGCCAGCGCCACGCGAGAGCCACACGAGCUAGGAGCACGUUGUGUAUAAUAUGUAGGCAAAUAGGAUAUGAUGUUUACGAAACAAACAUACAGACAAUUACAAUCGAAGCGACGUAGCGCGUACCGAAGCAAGCAAUAUGGCCAUCAUGACGCGUAUUCGAUGCUCCUACACUGCGUCGGUUGGGGAGGUAUCUGUUCCACUCGAAAGCCAUCUCCUUGUGCUCAUUAUUGCGUUACACUUCGAGUGUUGCUUACCGUGAACGCAACGCCAAGAAGUUGCGGCACUCGCUGCGCAUCAAAAGCACAGGGAAAAAUGUGGAUUGAGUGUAACGAUGAUAGAGAGGGAAGGUUUCAGUUCCACUAGCGCGCAAUUCUCGACCGACGCAGGCUCUGGCCAAAACAGUUAAGAAAAACCCCUACCAGCAGAAGAACGCAACAAUAACCUGGUACUGUGUGUAGGGCAACAAAACAAUAAACAUAUUAUUCUGAGCGAAUAAAAGAGAA